AUGCUCGGAGGAAAGGAGAAGGUGACCGAGAGGCAGAGACAGAUUGAGAAGGAGAAGGGGCAGAUUGAGCAGGAGAAGGAGAGGCUGCGGCAGAUUGAGCAGGAGAAGGAGAGGCUGCGGCAGAUUGAGCAGGAGAAGGAGAGGCUGCGGCAGAUUGAGCAGGAGAAGGAGAGGCUGCGGCAGAUUGAGCAGGAGAAGGAGAGGCAAAUUGAGCUGGAGAGACAGAUUGAACAGGAGAAGGAGAGGAAGAAGCAAAUUGAGCAGGAGAAAGAGAGGAAGAGGCAGAUUGAGCAGGAGAGGCAGAUUGAGCAGGAGAGGGAGAGGCUCAGACAGUUUGAGCAGGAGAGAAAGAUUGAACAGGAGAAGGAAAGGAAGAGGCAUAUUGAGCAGGAGAAACUAAGGCAGAUUGAACUGGAGAGGCUGCGGCAGAUUGAACUGGAGAGGCUGCGGCAGAUUGAACUGGAGAGGCUGCGGCAGAUUGAGCAGGAGAAGGAGAGGCUGCGGCAGAUUGAGCAGGAGAAGGAGAGGCUGAGGCAGAUUGAGCAGGAGAAGGAGAGGCUGCGGCAGAUUGAGCAGGAGAAGGAGAGGCUGCGGCAGAUUGAGCAGGAGAAGGAGAGGCUGCGGCAGAUUGAGCAGGAGAAGGAGAGGCUGCGGCAGAUUGAGCAGGAGAAGGAGAGGCUGCGGCAGAUUGAGCAGGAGAGGCAGAGGCAAAUUGAGCAGGAGAAGGAGAGGCUGAGGCAAAUUGAGCAGGAGAGGAAGAGGCAGAUUGAGCAGGAGAAGGAGAGGCUGAGGCAGAUUGAGCAGGAGAAGGAGAGGCUGCGGCAGAUUGAGCAGGAGAAGGAGAGGCUGCGGCAGAUUGAGCAGGAGAGGCAGAGGCAAAUUGAGCUGGAGAGACAGAUUGAACAGGAGAAGGAGAGGAAGAAGCAAAUUGAGCAGGAGAAGGAGAGGCUGCGGCAGAUUGAGCAGGAGAAGGAGAGGCUGCGGCAGAUUGAGCAGGAGAAGGAGAGGCAGAUUGAACAGGAGAAGGAGAGGCAGAUUGAACAGGAGAAGGAGAGGAAGAGGCAGAUUGAACUGGAGAAGGAGAGAUUACAAGAGAUCGAGAGGCAGAAAGAGCAGCAGUGGAAGAAAAUGCCAGAAACUGAAAGAGAGGAUGUUGGGGCACCCAAACGUUUAAAAAUGUUGGAGGCUGAGGAGCAGUCUUGCAGACCCAGGGCCACUUAUUUCGCCCUAACUGGACAGAUCCAGGACCCCAUAACCCAGGGUGACAGUGAGAAUAGCAAGGCUGCAGGCACAGAGCUGCCCUUUGAUGACUUUUCCACUGGCUCUGGUAGGUGGGGCUCCCAACACAAGGUGACUUCAUUGCGUAGGAACCCUUCACUGGAUGCUGCGUUUCGUGGGGGGGUGGGCUGCCGGCUGGACAGAGGAUUCAGAGUCCGAGGCCUUGGCAAGUUGUGGUGAGG